AAACCCCCCAAAACUGGAGCACUCUGGGCUUGCACAUGGCGGGGCCGGAAACUGAAACCAGAGCGACUACGCUUCCGUUUCUGGUUUUCAUCCAGUGUUGGGUUUUUUCCACCACUGGCCAAGAUUAACCCAUUCUUCAGAAAAGCAAAGCCCAAGGCUCCGUCGCCUAGCUUGACUGACUGCAUUGGGACGGUGGAUAGCAGGGCAGAAUCCAUUGACAAAACAAUUUCCCGGUUGGAUGUUGAGCUGGUGAAAUAUAAGGAUCAAAUCAAGAAAAUGAGAGAGGGCCCUGCCAAGAACAUGGUCAAACAGAAAGCCCUGAGGGUUUUAAAGCAAAAGCGGAUGUAUGAGCAGCAGCGAGACAACCUUUCCCAGCAGUCCUUUAACAUGGAGCAGGCUAAUUACACCAUUCAGUCACUGAAGGACAUCAAGACCAUGGUUGAUGCCAUCAGAUUGGGAGUAAAGGAAAUGAAGAAGGCAUACAAACAUGUAAAAGUUGACCAGAUUGAGGAUUUACAAGACAAGCUGGAAGAUAUGAUGGAAGAUGCAAACGAAAUCCAUGAAGCACUUGGUCGCAGCUACGGCACCCCAGAGUUAGAUGAGGAUGACCUGGAAGCAGAGUUGGAUGCGCUGGGUGAUGAGCUUCUGGCUGAUGAAGAGUUCUUAGACGAAGCAGCAUCUGCACCUGCAAUUCCGAAAAACAAGGAUGGAGUGCUGGUGGAUGAAUUUGGACUCCCACAGAUUCCAGCUUUCUAAACUUGCAGCAUUCCAGCACAUGAC